AAAACUCAACAGUUUCUCCAGUCUCACAGGAAAAGGGGCAAUUCGUCGUCUUUGUGUAUCAGUGGUCUGUUGACAUAUAAAGUCAGCAACUGCGCUACCUAACAGAAACAGCAUAUCCCACUUACGGAAAACGAACAAACGCAAUGUUCAUCAAGAAAGACAACUAUCUCGUGUAUCGGUAUGAUGCAGAGCAAGUAUGGAUCCAACCAUGGGGCAAAGAUGCAUUGCGUAUACGAGCAACAAAAAUGAGCGCCAUGCCAACAGAAGAUUGGGCUCUGCAAGAACCGGCUACAACGGCCCCGGAAAUAUCCAUCUCGGACAACGAAGCAACAAUUACUAACGGCAAAAUACACGCUCUUAUUUCCAAGCGAGGGAAAAUAAUGAUUUACAACUCGAAGAGAGAGUUGCUGCUAGAGGAAUACAUGCGAAACCGGAGGGAUGUGACGGAUCCAAAAUGCAGCGCUAUCGAGGUCGAAGCGAGAGAGUUCAAGCCAAACUUGGGAGGCGAUUAUCAUCUUACGAUGCGCUUGGAAUCAGUCAGUUCGAAAGAAAAAAUCUAUGGAAUGGGGCAGUAUCAGCAAGAUAGCUUGGAUCUGAAAGGUCAUGAUCUGGAACUUGCUCACCGGAACUCGCAAGCAAGUGUGCCUUUUGCUUUAUCGUCACUGGGUUAUGGAUUUCUGUGGAACAACCCUGGAAUUGGGCGGGCUGUGUUGGGGAAGAACAUUAUGAGUUUUGAGGCACACUCUACGAAAGCACUUGAUUACUGGGUUGUGGCCGGAGACUCACCAGCAGAUAUCGAGGAGGCAUAUGCCGAGGCCACAGGGAAAGUCCCAAUGAUGCCAGAGUAUGGACUUGGAUUCUGGCAAUGCAAAUUGAGAUAUCAAACCCAAGAAGAACUGCUAGGUAUUGCUAGAGAGUACAAGGCGAGGAAGUUACCUAUCGACUUGAUCGUGAUCGACUUCUUCCACUGGCCCAAGCAAGGAGAUUGGAGAUUUGAUGCCGACUAUUGGCCAGAUCCUGAUGCCAUGAUCAAAGAACUGAAAGAACUGAACAUCGAGUUGAUGGUUUCCAUUUGGCCAACUGUCGAUACCAGAUCCGAGAACUACGAAGAGAUGCUGGAGAAUGGCUACCUCAUUAGAACAGACCGCGGAAUGCGUAUCGGCAUGGAUUUCCAAGGCAACACCAUCCAUUACGAUGCUACCAAUCCCGAAGCACGCAAGUAUCUCUGGCAGAAAGCUCGAAAGAAUUACUACGACAAAGGCAUUAAGGUGUUCUGGCUGGAUGAAGCAGAGCCAGAAUACAGCAUGUACGAUUUCGACAACUACCGGUAUCAUCUGGGACCAAACGUGGCAAUCGGCAAUAUUUACCCUCGUGACUAUGCGAAGACAUUCUACGAGGGAAUGGAAGCUGCUGGCCAGAAAAAUAUCGUCAAUCUGCUGCGAUGUGCAUGGGCUGGAAGUCAAAAAUACGGAGCUCUUGUCUGGAGCGGAGACAUCGCCUCGUCCUGGUCCAGCCUGAGGAACCAACUCGCAGCUGGCUUAAACAUGGGCAUAGCAGGUAUUCCAUGGUGGACGACAGAUAUUGGCGGUUUCCACGGCGGUGAUCCUAACGAUGAAGCAUUCAGGGAAUUGUUUGUGAGAUGGUUCCAAUGGGGUGCUUUCUGUCCAGUCAUGCGACUACACGGAGACCGAGAGCCGAAACAACCUCAACAUGGUACAACUGGAGGAGCGACGUGUCUCUCUGGCGCGGCUAAUGAGGUCUGGUCGUAUGGUGAAGAGGUCUAUGGGAUUUGUAAGAAAUAUAUGUUUAUUCGGGAAGAGAUGAGAGAGUAUACCAGGAGAUUGAUGAAAGAAGCUCAUGAGAAAGGGACGCCUGUUAUGCGGCCCCUCUUCUAUUCUUUCCCAGAAGAUAAGAAGAGCUGGGAGGUAGAGGAUCAGUACAUGUUUGGGGACAAGUACCUCUGCUGCCCAAUUUUGGCUCCUGGACUGCGGAAGAGAGAAGUGUAUCUGCCAAAGGGGAGGGAGUGGAAGUCAUGGGGUGGGGAGAAGAAGUACAAAGGUGGCCAAUUCAUUGAAACGGAUUGUCCCAUUGAGACAAUGCCUGUUUUUGUUGGCUAA